GUUAGGGAUAGUCAAGAUGGUGGCCACCACAGCAGAGCAUGUUGUGGCUGACGCAGGGGCAUUUCUGAAAAAAGCUCCGCUUCACGAAAUUGGGAAGAACAUUUACACUAUAAAGGACGUCGUUGAUGAAAUUCGAGAUAAACAAACCAGAAGGAACCUGGCAUUCUUACCGUACAAGCUUAACUUCAAAGAACCUUUCCCAGAGCACAUACGACUAGUAACUGAAUUCGCAAAAAAGACAGGAGAUUACCCCAGCCUGUCUGCCACAGACAUCAAGGUCUUGGCACUAACCUACCAGCUGGAGUUGGAGAAUGUCGGGGCUGACCAUCUUAAGAAAGAACCUGAAGUGAAGGUUAAAAUCUGUAGUACACAGCAGCACCCAGAGGCCCCAGUUGGUAUUGCUGGAUUCCAUCUUCCCUCCAAAAGGCCAUCUGAAAGCCCAAGCGACGGCACACCAACCCCAGCAAUAGCACAGACCCUUCAGGCAUCAGAGAGUGAGGAAUUCAACAGCUUCCAGUUCUGGAGGAGCCCCCUGCCAAAUAUUGAGGCUGACCUACGAGAGCUGUUGAGUACAGACAGAGUAGUCACAACAGACAGCUGUGAGGAGGAAGAAGAGGAGGAGGAGGAAGAGGAAGAGGAGGAUGAUGGUGGUGGCUGGAUCACUCCCAGUAAUAUAAAACAGAUCCAGAUGGAAGUGGGCAACAGGGGAACACUGGAUGAUGUUACAGUGGGCUGUGUGACGACAGAUUUCUCUAUGCAGAAUGUUCUCAUACAGAUGGGUCUUCAUGUCCUGUCAGUGAAUGGAAUGCUCAUAAAACAAACCAGAAGCUACAUUCUGCGCUGCCAUGCCUGUUUCAAAACCACCACAAACAUGAACAAAACUUUUUGCCCACAUUGUGGGAACCAGACGUUAAAGAAGGUUGCCGUCACUCUUAACGAGGAUGGCAGCGUGCAUCUGCAUUUUUCUAAAAACCCCAGAGUCCUGAAUCCCAAAGGCUUGAGGUACUCCUUACCCUUGCCAAAGGGGGGCAAGCAUGCCAACAACCCCCAACUGGUGGAAGAUCAGCACUUCCCUCAGCAGAGGUUGUCCAGAAAGGCUCGGCAGAAGACAAACGUUUUUGACCCCGAUUACCUGGCUGGCAGCUCACCGUUCUGUGAGCAUGACCUUUACAGUCGAUGUGCCAGCCUGCACCUGCGUGACAGGGACGGCCAGAGUGGAGGAGGCAGACGCCGCAUUAACCCAAAUGCUACCAGCAAGAAGUUUGUCAAGAGAAAAUGACACAUGGACUCUCCCCUGGUUGACUAUUAUUAUUUUUUUGUUUUGAGUGUGUGAACUGUGUCUAAUUGGCACUUGUGUUUGUUCUUUAUACAACAAAAAAACCUAAUAAAAGGUAAAUUACAAAAAAAAAAAAAA